CACAGUUGUCUGGGUAACUUCGUUGCGCAGCUCCGCGCCAAACUAGUUUCGGUCAGUGCAGUGCCGUGAUACGGAAAUGAUACGCUAGUGAACGUAAAAACUUUAUAAUGGCAUUAAAAAAGGAUUUCGACAUCCCCGUUAGUGUUUUCAAGCAAAUUAAAUUGCCCAAAAGUGCGAAAAUACAGCAGGCAUUCGAGAAGUUGUUCAAAAAGAACAAUUAUACGAAAAUAGUGCAAAGUUAAGAAUUGUGUGAAUAAAUGGCUGGUGAAUCUAGUGCAAUUAGUAGAAAUAGUUCUUUUGAUACGAUUUUUAUUGAUUCAGAGACAGAAUUUGUCGGCAAGGGUAAUAAAGCUCACGUGAAAAAGCAUAGAAGUAGGAGUGGGAACAGAAUUACAAAUUCGUCGAGCGUGUCUGAUGAUACAUUUUACAAGGAUUUAGAAGAUUACGUGAAAGAAAUGGCGGGUAAUACGAGCGUGGAAACAGAUGAUGUUUGGAGCCAGUUGCAGCAGAAGGAAUCUGACCUUCUGUUGGCGGCGGAGCUGGGAAAGGCACUGCUAGAAAAGAAUGAAGAGCUAAAGAAGGAACAGGAUAAGGCCGCUGAGGAUUUCUCUAAAAAACUUGAGGAGUUGGAGCAAGAGAAACAUCUGUUGCGGCGUCGUCUGGACACGAAUCAGGGGGAGUAUGAGGCGAGGAUACUAGAGCUGCAGAAUGACAUCAAGGAGCUGAGUGCCAAGAUCGACUCCAGGGAUACAUCUGUCAAACAGCGAGAUGAAGAAAAGGCGAAUUUGAUCGCCGAACUCACAGCCCAAAACUCGCGGCUCACAGCUCAGCUGAAGGAGUCUUCGGCGAUGGAAGCCCAGUUGCUGGCUCAACUCGACGGCCUUAAAGACCAGUGCUCCAUAAGGAUGACAAGUUUAAAGGACCACGUCUCAAGUUUGGCAUCCCUGAAGUCCGAACUGGCAUUAGUAACCGACAAGAAGCUGGACCUCGAAAAACGUCUCACCGGUUCUUUACGGGAUAAAGACAAUCUCUCCCAACAGCUGGAGGAAGCGAAUGACAGGAUUGCUGCUCUUGAGAGGCAGAUGAAGGAACAGGAACAUCUCUACCAGAACACAUUGAAGGACCUUGAACGUCUUCAGCGAUCACAUGAUACGCUGGCAGAGCGGAUCGGUGCACCAGAACCCGUCAAAACAACAAAAGUUGCUAGGUCUCUUCAUUCAGAGAUGGAGACAGAACCUGAAGAGCAGGAUGACAGCUGGCUACGCACCGAAGCAGUGCAGGUGUUCAAACAACUCAGGUCCUUGGCUCUGCAACUUAAUACAGGACACGACGACGAUUCUGGAUUACACUCGGAUCUAUCAAUAUCAUCACUAGAUGGUGAUGAAGGGGAGACCUUAAGACGUGGAGCCCUGUCAGCCGCAUGCGCAGAUGCAGUUGCAGCUUACGCAACCCUAGAGGGCAGCCGAGUACGUGAUUCCAUUGCGGCGCACGCGCGACGUUCUAUGGAGAGAGAGAGACAGAUUGACGAGAAGAACGAGUUAAUCGCCGAUUUGUCAUCAAAGCUGUCAGUAGCGGAGGUUGAAUUGCGCGCUGCCGCCGAAGAACGUGACAAACUGCUAAAUGACGCAAAUUACAGUAGUCUACAAAACGAUGAAGCUGUCGCUCGCGCUAGACAAGAGAGAGACGAAGCUAUCGAGAGGAAGAAAGCCGUUGAGGUGUCUCUUGCGAAGACCCGCGUGGAAUUGAUGCAGGCGAAUAGUCAGCUAUACGAAGCUGUCCGACAGAAGAUUGACCUUGGACAGCAACUAGAGCAGUGGCAGAUGGACAUGCAAGAGCUGAUUGACGAGCAGAUGAAGCACAAGUUGACGUCAGAGAAGCGUCGCAAGAUCCCUCAACCCGUGGCUCCCACUCGCACCUCGAGGCUCCUGGGCUUCUUCCAGCGGUGAUCUGCUAUUCUGCUCCUUCUACUGCUUGGAACCUCACACCUGCUAAUUCCUUGAUCCAUCCCGACAUCUUGCAGGUUGCUAUUUGCUAAGGCCACGGAAAAGCGAGAUUAGAUUGAACUUUAGUUUUUACCUUAUAAUAUCUUUAAUUACGGCUUUAUUCAUAAACAAUAAACCUCAAAUAAGUAAUUAAUAUUUGUUCUUUUCGCACUUGCGGUACUUAAAAUAAGAAUUGCAAAUAAACAAAAGUGACAAAAUAAUAACAAUGUCAAAGUAAUAAUAGUAACUAUUGAGCCUAAUGUCGUCGUUUCUUAAUCCUUUUCGUUAUCUGUUCAUUACGCAAUAUUGGACUUCUUAAAUCUCUCUUGUCUGUGGCGACAUCUACUUACACUUAUGACACACUCCGCGUUGAGCGCUUUCAAAUGUGCUGUUAUCGCGGCCGCCAUCUUGUGGCGGGUUUUGCCGCGUUUUAUUUCACGAUUUUAACGUUCAAACGAUGUGUGUAUAUUGCAGUGAUGUCUAGUGUUAUAGAUCAUUUAUUCACUUAUUUGUGUUUUCAGUAUAAUUUUACAUUUGCACCGUUAUAGUUCGUAGUAGCUAUAAAGUUCUAGUUUAAUUAUGAUUACGGACCGGUUAGGAGAAGUACGGCCGGUAUUGUUUUUUCGCUAAAACUUUAUUAGUACAGUACAUUCCUAGUUUAUUAUUUAUGCUUUUAUAGAUUUCAAUACUUUCAUCGUCAUAAUUACCUAAAGUAACAUUUUUACAUACUGUGGUACAACAGUUUAGUAUUAUUUGCGAUAAUUUCUAGAAUGUAAAUAUAAAACGAAUUAAUUUCUUAUUUUAUUAUUAUAUCAGCCAGGUAUUGUCGCUAACCCGUCCAUUUCAUGUAAAUAAUAUAGAUAUCAUUGCACCUAUAGAUUUAUUUAGAUCAUUAUAUAGUUUUAAAACGCCAAACGAACUAGUGCUUUAUUGGUCUAACUUAAAUGUCUCCAACAAGAACGAUAUGUUAAAAUACCAAAUAAAACACUAUUCAAGGCGAUUAAAUUACAUUCAAACCUUUUACUAGCCAUAUUAUUAAUAGUUAACGAUCUGCUACAAUCAUUAAAAAACAAAAUCAUCGAUUUACAUAAGUAAAAAAUGGUGGUCCAUCCAGUACCAACCAUAGACUAUACAAAGCUAUGGAUUAAAGAAAUAAAGGUACAUUCUGACUGCCCCAACGUGCCUUAAUUGUGACAGAAUAAUACGGAAUUAGAAUAAAGACGCCUUUUUUGUGCCUUAAAGUUGGGCUUGGGAACAUUGUUCAGAAACUAGAAGUUUUGUUCUGCGCCUAAAGAACUAUAAAAUAUAUUUACAAUGAUUUUACAUUGCAUUUCGUCUAAGUUUUAUCAUAUGUGUGACAUUGAAAUUAAUAAAAUACUCCUAUUUUAUUAAUUAUAUGAAAGGUAGGUACAUUUUAGAGUGUGACACUCCAUUUUGAAUUGCAUAAUCUGUAUUGUAAUAUUUUGCUCUAUUUUUGUAAAACAAAAGUGUAAGUUGGCAAGAUUGUAUUAAUUAAAAACUAAAUUAGUUUAUUUGCACUAUUUUAACUCAAAUUCAUUAGUUACAUGGUACAUUUAUACUAAUUUGUUUUAAUUAGAUGUAUCAAUUACAUGAUUUUAUGAUUAUAAUGAAAUGUUAAUUGUCCGUUAUAAAUUUUGGCAUACUUAUGUUACAUUCCAAGUACCAAUUCACCGACAAAUGUACUUAAUUUAACGCUUAUUUUAUAAUUUAUUUUAAGACUGAAUGUAACAGGUCUACGUCCGAUGCAAUAAUAAUUUAUUAUCUUUAUAUUUUAGCACAAAUAUGUGUUUUGUAAUUCGUAUCGCAGUCAUUCCGCUAUUUUAAGGUUUAUUUCGCUAUGAUAUUUCACAAAAAUCAUUUUACAAGGGUAUACGUUCAGUGCGUAUACGUGCUUGGCGUGCAUCUAAGAGUUUCCUUUUUUUAUUUUAUUUCCUGUUUGGGGCCGUUCAAGUAUUACGUAAGCAGAUUCACUGCAAUGUAUUUCCCCCCCCCCCCCCCCCCUAUUGUCAGCAAAAG